AUGCACUCCUGUGACCACCUCACCUGGUUGCGGUACCGCGAGGGCCAAUUGGAGGACACUGGUCGUCUUGGCUGCGUGUACCCACGAUUGGUCCACUUUAUUGGCUCGCGGAUCAAGGAUGGGGCGUUAAGACAGUUAUGUCCCGAUAAGAAGCGAAGGGGCGCCAAAACGGGCAUGAUAAAUCUACACCUGGAUGCACUUUCUGUGAACACUCCAAGCCCUCUUCUCUUUGCUGACAGCGACCCGUUCGGCCAAGAAAACAGCGAUCGGGCAAAUCCCUGCCAUCAUGGCGCGGCCCAUCCCAUUUCGUGGCCGCUGGCGGCAGACUGGUCUUUUUUUGACAUUCUCCAUGCAAGGCUACUAUUUCUUUUCAGCGAUGUAAUCUGUGUGUUCGCUGAUGACUUCCCCACGUUGCAUUCUGUCGCUGCAAGAAUUCAUACGUGGGCUCGCAUCGGCAGUGCAUCCAGCCUACCGUCUAGCACCCGUCCUACUCUUAUAGUGGUGACCUCUGGCCCAGGACCGUUAAGCGACCUUCUAGCCGAGGACUUCCGCGCCCAGAUCCAUGCUAUGGGGGAAGCAUUCAGCAAGUCGUUUCGAUCCAUCAAACUGUUUCGACUUGUUGGAGAUCAUCUCUCCCCCUGCGCACGUUAUCUGCGUCUCAAGGAGGAGAUCCUUAGCAAGAUGCAAGAAGCCCAAGAUACCCGCCGUCAGUAUCACUGUCUCUUUUCCAGUGUGCAUCUCGACGCUUUCUUUCGACAGGCAAUGCAGCACACUGCUAUGAGCAUCUCGGAGCAGUUUGAUUUCAUUGCAGCAAGUCGAGUUGAUAACAUCUUGCACGAUGACUACACGGGUCAUCUGCAAACAUUUCUUGGUCUCUGUGAUAGAUUUAAGAUUCCUCGUGGUACAGUAUCAUCAUUCAUGGCCUCGAGUAUUCUUAUGGAUGCUUACCCACCGAGAAUGCACUAUUUCCCCCCCCGAGUUGUCUUUCGCGCCCUCUAUGAACGGCAUCUCCUCGCGGCCCUGGAGGCCGCGUCAUAUGGCCAAAACCUUGCGCUCACUCUUUGUCGCGACGUUGAGACCCACCUGGAGACCUUUCUUCGUCAAGUCGUGCGGCAUGAUGUCACUUCAGCAAUCCGCCAUGUGGAUAACAUUCGAUCUCAGUACCCGGUCUUGCGCCUGCCGCAAAGCAACAAGGUCUGUCUCUGCUGCCUGCGACGUCCACCGGAGAGAGUACCCAUGUGCGGCCAUGCAAUAUGUGAUGUCUGUACGGCGGGGAUUCGCGUUCUCACCAUUGAUGGUGGAGGCGCCAGGGGUGUUAUUCCUCUUGAGUUCCUCAAGAGGCUCGAAGCUCUUCUCGGCGGAUGUUCUCUACCUGCGGUGAUUGAUUUCUCAGCGGGAACAAGCUCUGGCGGCCUCAUCAUCCCCGAUAUAUUUAUCCUCGGACAUAGUGCAUCCUCCUGUAGCAAGAGAUCUGGCGCUCUGGCCCGCCGCUGCUUCGGCGACUCCCCGGGCACAGCAUGGGCGCGUCUGAAGGCCGCCUCCAGAUAUUUGCUCACAGACGCGAUGUACAGCGAGGUCCAUCUAGUGGAAUUUCUUCAGGAAGAGUUUGGAGUAUCGAGGCGACUGUUUGAUCAUGUCAACGUGUCGGGUACGCGGGUCGCGCUCACUGCAGUCUCGGACAAAGGCUCUCCGUCUAUCCUGACGAACUACAAUGGCUCCGUUCCGAUAAGGCCGGGAGCGGGCUACGAGCUGGUACGCCCUCGAGAUAUCGAUAAAGAACCGAAGUUGUGGGAAGCAUUCUUCAAACCAGCGAAGAUGGCUGCAGGGUGUUUCAUCGACGGCGGCCUCGCAUUUCCCAACCCAUUUGAGAUGGCCGAGUGGGAGUGGUCAAGGAUCUGGCCCGACAUAACGGAGCCGGACGUUGUCAUCGCUUUUGGGACUGGUGUGGAACCGGAAGAAGGCGCUUCGAGCCAAGGAAGCUCGGUCCGACAUCUCUGGCGGUCGUUUAUAUCAUUUCUGGACGGUGAGUCAAGAUGGCGGGGCCUGGAGAAUGCACGCAGCGAUGCCGAAAAGGAUGACUAUCUCCGAUUUAAUCCUACCCUGAUCGAGCCUUCCAGGCUGGAUAACACCAAGGAUCUAUUGACCCUUUGCCGCAGUGUGUACCUACACCCCACAACCAGGGAGGACUUGGUAGCUGCCGCGUUCCGUCUCCUUGCCUCAAAUCUCUAUUUUUCCCUGGAUGCCCAUCCCUAUUACGCCGAUGGUUUAUAUCACUGCCAGGGUUCUAUACGAUGCCGGAUCGAUUGCGAACCGGUUAUUAAUGCCCUCGCUGAUCUCAGGAUGAUGCCAGUGGAGUACGUGACACCAUCCAGUGUAUUAUCCUGCGGCCAACUCAAUCGCGACAUCUGUCGUGCGUGUCACCGCUAUCGCAAAAGCAUCCAGUUUGAUGUUUGCCAUCUUACCGAUGUGGUAGCGUUGUCGCUCCGCACGCAAAAUGGCCAAUCACGAAAACUGAGCUGGUUUCCCAGGACCAUGGCCUCUUUCAUUGAGGCCCAGGGGCUGGAUUCUCCCUUUGGCACGCCCGACCAUGAUGAUCCUGGCCUCUUGCACUGUGGCUCUUGCUUAGUGAAUGCAAAGCGCAAAAUUUCACCCGAAGCCAUUUCUCCGCAGAAGAAGCGACGGCGAUGA